UAUAACUUUUGCCUCUGUAGGAGAACAGUACGUCAUACACUUUUGACAUUUUAAUUGAACGGCCAUUGUGGAUUGUUAAAGUGUUUCUGUACCCUGGCACCAACAACUUACAAUGAUUCCGGGCAAUGUGGAUCCACGCAGGCCUGACAAAGUGCAGCGGUAUAAGCCUGCGAAUUCGGGCAGCAGUAAUACAUCGGGCGAAGACUUAACACCGGAUUAUAUGAAUAUUUUAGGUCCUGAAUCGACCACGGGAAAUGUACAAUCCGACAACUCUAAUGAACGCAUAAAAAGUACUACGGCAAAAUCUCAGCAAUCUCAGCCGCAAUCGGCGAAAGUCGGUGAGGGUCUACCAAAAUCUAGUAAGGAUGUAAUAUCUACAAUUGUCAGCAAUCCAAGUAAUGUGAUACCCACAAGCCCUCAAUAUGGUUUAGCUAUAAUUUCUACGUCUUCAAAUGAUAUACCGUCUGAAGUAAUUACCCCGGCAACAGACUCUAUAAUAGAAUCUACAGCUAAAACGACUGAAAGUGAAAUCAAAGACAUGCAUUCUACUCCUAGUAAAAACGAUAGAUUUAAAGUGGUCAAAAUAGCUAGUUCAGAACCCUUCCGAAGGGGAAGGUGGAAAUGUAUGGAUUAUGUAGAUCAAGUGCCAUCUGCCACUUCCUUGCAACAAACGAAAACAAGCCAAGGAACAACAAGUGUACAAAUGGCCGGAAAUGUUUACAUGCAAACACAAAGUCUACCUCCACAGCAGAUUCAGCAGUUGUUAAUGCAGGGAGCUUUUACGACGACUCAACCACAGUUUUACCAAAAUAAUAUUCAGUCGCAGAUAGUACCCCAAGCUCAGUAUUUUUAUCCGCCUGUUCAAAACCAACAAACGACGCAACAGCCCAUUUUAAACACAGCGGCAGUUGGAGCCCCCACAUCCGUACAGCCGCAAUUUAUUAACACAACCCAGCAACAGUAUUUUCAACAGCCUGUCAUGCCGCCGAAUUACCAAAAUUUACAGUUUGCCCAAGCGGCGAGCUACCCCAAUCAAAAUAGCGCUUUUGUGCCUACAACGCAAAACGUACAGAACUUCCAACAAGCGCAGACCUACUCCACUCAACCGCCGAUAACACAACCUCAAACGAUACAGGCGACUCAACCACAACCGAUGGUCAACGGAUUCGCGUAUACACCACAGACGGUCACCGAUCAGCAAAUAGCCGCCAGUAAUCUUCCAACGCAGGUUGCUAAAAACGUAAUCCUAACAUCGAACACGCAAUCUUCGGUACCCGAAUCUCAGCAGAACGCCAUCGCGCGACCACCGACCGAACAAACCGUGACGACUUACCAACCGGUACCCCAAAAUCCGCAACCGGUCGCUCCGCCGACAAACGAGCCGUACCCAACCGCGCAAUUUGUAUCGAAUGCACAUAACAUGCCCAUCAACGAAACGGCCGAAGUGCAGGUAGUCGCCGUUGAUGGGGCGGAGACCGCAAUGGAGGCGUCGGGGCCCGGAAAUCCGGACGAUCCUUCCAAAACGAAUCCGGUGGUGAACGCCAUCGAUAACAAAAUAGAGCAGGCGAUGGAUCUGGUGAAAAGUCAUUUAAUGUAUACGGUUAGGGAAGAAGUGGAGGUUUUAAAAGAGAAGAUUGCCGAACUGAUGGAACGAAUACAACAGCUAGAAUCCGAAAAUAACUUCCUAAGGUCACAAAUUCCAAAGACUAAUCCAAAUUCGGGCGGCCCAUCCGAACCGUCACCUCAGCCAUGAUUAUCUCAAUACUCAGUAUCGACUUUAGUUUUAUUUGGAACAAUGACACUUUUGUAUCGCUCAGCUUCUAGUACAGGGAAAACUGCUGAUGUGGUACAAAGAGGGACGAUGCACCGCACCUUCUCAUAUUGCUUUUAAAUCGUGGAGAUCGAUUGUUCUUGCAAUAGAUGUAUGCGGCAAAGGUUGGAUGCAUAAGUGUUUUUAUGCUGUUUUUUAAUUUUUACGAUUAAGUGUUUCAAAAUGGUUAAAAUUUGUAUCAUCACCACUAAGUGUUAAGAUUGUUUUUUUUUAAAUAUAUUUUACGAUCGCUUUAGCACAAUUAUUUAUGCACUAUUUAUUUGCAAAGAGAGUAUACGUCUUUACACAUUUUUCGCAUUGAAAACAUGUACAAAUUGUAUAAAAGAAACGUUAUAUAAAUAAAUGCCAAACUUAGGA